GAGGUUCUGGUUCAGCUCCUCAGGCUUUGAAGGGGUCCAGGUCUAAAGAUUUCUGACCUAUCUAUAUGGCUGCUUACUGAGCAAUUCUCAUAUUACACGGAACUCAAUAGUUAAUGGUCAAAGGGUAGGGAUUCAAUGCUAAUGCUUUUGUCCAUUGAAAGCUACACUAACCCAUUGGUGCAGUACCAAGUUCUGGUCUUUUUCCUCUCAGCAGCAACACAUGUGGAGUAGCAUCAUGCUGCAAGCCUCUGAAAUGGAAAGGGACUGCCUUCAAGUCGAUCCCAACUUAUGGCGACCCUAUGAAUAGGGAUUUCAUGACAAUGGCAUUCCCGAUCUCUAUGUAUGGAUAUGACAGUUGGACAGUGAAAAAAGCGGAUAAGAGAAAAAUAAACUCAUUUGAAAUGUGUUGGAGGAGAGUUUUGCGGAUACCAUGAACAGCGAAAAAGACAAAUAAUUGGGUGUUAGAACAAAUUAAACCAGAACUGUCACUAGAAGCUAAAAUGAUGAAACUGAGGUUAUCCUACUUUGGACACAUCAUGAGAAGACAAGAUUCACUAGAAAAGACAAUAAUGCUGGGAAAAACAGAAGGGAGUAGAAAAAGAGGAAGGCCAAACAAGAGAUGGAUUGAUUCCAUAAAGGAAGCCACAGACCUGAACUUCCAAGAUCUGAACAGGGUGGUUCAUGACAGAUGCUCUUGGAGGUCACUGAUUCGUAGGGUCACCAUAAGUCAUAGUCGACUUGAAGGCACAGAACAACAACAACAAGAUGCCACAAGACCCUUUAAUGUUUUUGCUGCAGUGGACUAACGGGGCUAACCCUAUGGAAGCGCAUAUGAUCAAUAGAAGCCAAAUACCAAAAGGGACUAGAGUCUUAGCCACAGCCUCACUUUGUCACCACUGAAACUCAAGGGGGGGAAGGUCACAUUUGGCAGCUUUAAGAAUGUCCCUCAGUGGUAGAGCAACUGCUUUGCAUGCAGAAGGUCCCAGGCUCAGUGACUGCUUUGUCCAGAUAAGGCUAGGAAAAGUUCUUGCCUGAAAAGCUGGAGAGCAGCUGCCAGUCAGUGUCAGCAAUACAAACCUAGAUGGACCAAUGGCCUGAAUUAGUAUAUGGUGGUUUCCUAUGUAAAGCCUCUGAACAACAGGAUUUUCAUCAUGACUGUGACAUGGGAAUAAAGGGUUAAGGCUCCCCUGGCAUGCACCAUGGUCAUGAUGGUGAGUACCCUACCAGUCAGUGCAAACAAUACUGAGCUCGAUGGACCAAUAAUGGCAGCAUCCAAACUGGUGGUAUUUUCAUGUGGGAUCCAAUCACAUCCCAGCAAAUUCAGGCUGUACAGUUAAAGAUGAUUUGGAGCUACUUCCCCUAAGGAUCAGACUUCUUGAAAUAAGGAAAGUGAUGGGAAAUUGCACUCGAAAGUGUGGGCUAACGCUUGACGCAACACCAUCUAAUCUCUGCACAAAUAAAGUUACAGCAGUGCCAGCAAAAUUAUCUUUGUCUACCACAAAAUCAGAUUACACGUAAGAAAAGUGUCCUUAUCGAAAUAUUGCAGCGAUGGUAGCACUAAAAGAGUUUUAAAAUCCACCAAAAACUUUCACAUGAGGUUUUAAGGAAGACUUUAUCAUUUGCAUGUACACGCUGGGAAAGGACAAAGAGUGCAGAUUCCCAAGGCUGUCUCUGAUCUCUGCUGUCAACAGGGGGGCCACUGUCACAUCUGCCUCUGUUCCCAGAGAGCAGCUGGUUAAACGGAAAAAGUUCCAGAUCCAGCCUACUGCUUGUCAUGUACCAAACAUGCUCCAUACCAGGGGAGUGUCCCAUGCCUCCAGAUAUUACACAUGCUGAAUACUCCGUUGAAGGAUAUGUUGUGGGGACCCGUGCAAUUUACUCGUGUGAAGAAGGCUACCGGAAAGUAGAAGGGAAAAGCACUCUUGCGAAAUGCAUGAAUAAGUCGGGCGAAGUGGAUUGGAGCUUUGUUGAUUUGUCCCCAAUUUGCGAAGGUAUGCGAACUCAUCUUUCCACACUGACAACAACAGAACCCUGGACCACAGCUUUUACUGGCACCCAGCCCACACCUGUGACAGGUUUGUGUGGAGACCCUAAACCCCUCUGGAAUGCCACAGUAAACAUGCAGAAGUACCACACGGGUCUGCAACUGCGAUACACGUGCCUGGAAGGAUACCGCUCAGGGAGCCCCAUCUCUGGAGUAAGCAUAUGUGAGCGUUCUGGUGGGAAAAAGGAUUGGUCCAUCUUAAACCUCCAUUGUCGAUCAGGUAACGAAACUGAAUCAAACAGCAACGGGGUCACCAAACAGCACCUCAAUGCAGCUGCUCUCAGUAUUGUUAUAGCGGCUGCAAUCGUAAUUUUAUAAGAAAUUCUCAAAAGGAAUAUGUGGCCCUGAUACUGUCAAAGUGUUGAGACAUUUUGCAGUGCAAAGCAGUUAACCCUGUAAAGAGGCACAUAAGGGUAUAACGAGAGGAAAAGUCUAUAAAGAGCCUGCAAACCCAAUGUUCAAGGCCAGUCUUAGUGACUGUGCCAAAGAGCAACCAAUCCUUUGUGACUGCACUGAAGAGGCCCAAGAUGUUGCUCAACGUUGACCAAUGGUUGCUUAGAAGCCCACUUUUUUUGGAAGUAAAAGUUAGUAUUGAAGUUUAACAGGUAUUUAACACUGCAAAAAUGUAAGAAAUAUAUAUAUCCCCAUGUGUGGUAAUAUAUAUAUAGUUUAAGACCCUUUAGAUGAAGCUAAAGAGAGUAUAAUAUAUAAAGUUUAAGAUCAAAGAGGGUAUUGUUUGUACCAAUGAGAAAUGUGUAAGGAUGUUUGGACAAAUAAGAAGCGCAUAAGACUGUUUGCAUAAAGCUGUAUGUAUAAGGCUGUUAUUAAAUAAAUGCAUAAAGGCACCAUGUAUUUGCUAGCUGCAUUAAGGCAAUGUGUAA